AUUGAACAAAUCUCAUAGUAAUUUUAUAAAAUUGUGUGAAAUCUUAUAUUCAAAAUAGUGUGAAUUUUGUGCAAGGCUAUAAAUAAUUAAUUUGUCUUGUUUAUUUGUGGCUCCUGUUUUGUCCUGCAGUGUUUUACAGGUUGAGGAGGAGACUGCAACUAAAUCGGCGGUAUGUGGAAGAAGGUACGGAUACGUUCGCCGGAGCUUAUGCUUCACCUUCUUCAACGUUUCAGCAAGCGGUCGAGGCUGGUGAAGCAGACGCAGUCCUUGAUGAUCACCAAUGGCCAUCUCCUCAUAACAGAUCAAUGGAUCAACACACUUCUCUACAACGCUCUCAUCAGAAGUUACCUCUGCUUCUCCAGCCCUCGCAUCUCUCUCCUCCUCUUAGUCCAGAUGCUUCGCCAUCAGUCUCCUCCCAAUAGCUACACUUUCCCUUCUCUUCUUAAAGCUACUGCUUCUCUCAAUGCCUUAACUCUCUGUUCCGCGUUUAAUUCGCAGUGUGUUAGGCGAGGGCUGUUCAACGACCCCUUCGUCAGGACUUCCUUCGUCUCUGCUUACUCACAUGUUGGCGACAUGAGGAGUGCACGCAAGGUGUUCGACGAAAUUCCUCAACCGUGUAUUGUUUCGUAUAAUGCAUUGCUUGAUGGUUUGGCGAGGAAUGGCCACAUGUCUAAGGCUGUUUCGACUUUCUUCAACAUGCCUAAACGAGAUGUUUAUUCGUGGACGAGUGUGAUCGCUGGUUAUAUGCAGAGAGGAUGCUUUACAGAAGCUGUUUCUUUCUUCGCCAAAAUGAUGGUUGAUGAGGAUGCAAUCCAUGGAAGGUUAAGGCCGAGCGAAGCUACCUUCGUUUGCAUCCUGUCGUGCUGUGCGAAUUCGGAUGACGGAUCUGCACUGUGUCAAGGGAAGCAAAUUCAUGGAUACGUGAUUAGAAACAACGAAAUUGGUGUCUUUGUGGGAACAGCGCUGAUAACAUUCUAUGGGAAGAUGGGCUGCUUGAGCUGCGCAUUCAAAGUAUUCGAUCUCAUGACUGUGAAAGAAGUUUGCACUUGGAAUGCCAUGAUAUGUUCAUUGGCAUUGAAUGGGAGAGAAAGUGAAGCUCUACAAAUGUUCAACAGGAUGAAGACUACAUCGUUGCAUCCAAACGAGGUUACUUUCGUGGGAGUUCUAUCAGCAUGUUCCCGAGCAAGACUAGUGGCCACGGGCAUGGAGCUGUUCCAAACAAUGUCGCGUGACUUUGGCAUUACGCCGAAGAUGGAACAUUAUGGAUGCGUGGUGGAUCUUCUAGGCAGAAGUGGUCUGUUAAAAGAGGCCUACAAAUUUGUGACAAGCAUGCCAUUUGAGGCUGAUGCAUCUGUUCUUGGUGCCCUUUUGGGGGCUUGCCGAGUUCACAAAGAUGUCAACUUGGGAAACGAAGUAGGCCACCGGCUACUCGAGCUGCAGCCAAGGCAUUGCGGGCGAUACGUGCUGCUGUCCAGCAUAUACGCCGAGGCAGAGAAAUGGGAUCACGCUGCAGCCCUGAGGAAGGCCAUGGCACACGCCGGGAUUCAGAAAGUUCCGGCCUUUAGCAUAGCAGAUUGAAGAUAAUAACACCAUCUCUUUCAAGAAGCAACAAGAUCUUACAAGAACAUACAUACAUUUACGCGGAUACACUAUGAGUUUGUCUUCCGAGGAAGUAUGUAAUACUCAAAUCGAUGGUUUGCGCCGCUGGAAGACAAAGAGGGAGCCUCUGGAACCUAAUCCGAGCCGGAUCUUCUCAUCUAUAUAUGUGAUUCGAAGUUUCACUUCGCUCUGGCCACCGUAUGUGAACUCCAGUCCUCCAACCUUGAGCUCGGGUGGCUCGAACACUACUUGGAUCCAUUCUUCAUCCAAAGCCCUCAGUUUUCCUGCAAGCGACAUUGGAUGAUGAUCGAGCUCUUUUCACAAUGGCUAUGAAGGAAAGGAGGAGCAUAUAACUAACCCUUCAAUGAAACUUCACCAUCUACAAAGCCCAUAAGAGAGAAGGUUACACAAUUGUUGACAGUAUCAGGAGCUUCCACAACCUGUUUCAUAUCCUUGGUUUUGAAAAAAACUCGACCUAAUGCACUCCGGUAUUCGCCGCCCGGCGACGUCGGGUUUGAACAAUACAGCACGUCCCACUCUGCGCGCAGACGACGGGGUUUAGUUGGAUCAAAUAGUUUUUAUUUGUGAGAAUUGGAGGAUCUAGAAUGAGAGAAUAGCUGGUGGAAUGUUCUUCAGUUCACCUCCAAAUAUGAGAGGGCACUUCACUGGCUCUGCAACACAGAAGCUCUGCAGUUCAUUAGCCACUUCCGCAACCUUUUGAUGCUCAUCCUUGCUUAGUAGAACCCCUCUAUCUGUUUGCACGACCUAUGUAAGCAGGAAAUCUCAGUUUUGGUUCGCUUCUGGCUAUCGUAAUCAUCAAAGCUACAAAAACACAGCGGAGAAGCAAGGAGAUGGCGAAAGGAUUGUGAAAAGCGCAGGAGAUUUUUAUGCAGAGUAGGUUCAAAAUUGCGCGAAUUUAGGGUUUCGAAAGAAGGCAGAGGUAACAGCAAUUAUCGAAUUCGCUUCUUAUCCUAUUUCUAAUCGAUUCAGGAACUAGCGAUACUAAGAUUUACGAUUGAACAAUUAUCAUCGCAUCAUCUACUCGAGGAAACACUAUAUAGAACUCACCAUGGACACGAGUCUGUCCACCAGAUCGUCCGGCUUCGCCGGCGCCGGCGCCGCCGACACCGACAACGCUCCGCAGAUACGCAUCGCAGCGCUGGAUCGACGGUUGCACGGUAGAUAAACUUCAUUAGAAAAUCUCCUUGCCGAGAAAGAAAACGGGGCGGGGAAUUCAGCAAAUGCCUUUGCAGUUGAACAAGCGGCCAAACUCGCCAUUUUCACAGAGAGCUUCUUCAACAAUCACCUCCAAAUUUCAUGUAGCGCAGAUGGGCCCACUGUAAUUCAAAUCCAUGGACAGAAUCUCGCCACGUGUCAAACAAGGAUCCAGUUAUCAAGUCCAAUUCGGGCCUCAAAUUUCAGUCAUCCCAUCCAGACAGUGUAGUGCUGCUGGAUAGUGUCGAUGUCCAAGCCCUUAAGCUUCACAACAGACUCAACAUGCCCCUUCAGAGUAUGCAGCUCUCUCAGCCUCGCCACCUCCGCCCGCCGUUUUGCCUGUUCCGCGAUUUCCGACAGCUCCCUGUAGCUGCUCUUCUCGUUGAACAUCCCCGAACUCUCCGGAGGAUGAAGCCCGUGCAGCGUCCGCUGAGCCGUCGCCCACUGAGCUUCACGUUCUUCCUUCCCAUAGUUGGACUUUGUAGUGAAAGCAGUCUGGAAGCCAAACCAAGCAAAAAGAGUAGAUUGUCCCAUGCUUUCCCACUGAGGACGUAUCGAAUGCAGAAUUUGAGGAUGUCGAGUGGGAAGUAUGUCACCAGGCUGUAUAGCCAGAUGACACCUGCCCACCCCCACCCACAUCCUUUGAUCUUUGCAAAGUUCCAAUUGGCAUACACAGCUAUCAGAGUGGCAACCUGUGUUGUUUAUUCAAACAUCUGGGCUAUCAGGAAAGCACUCAGUAGCAUCAUUCCGGGGCGUUCGGUGUAAGACCAGCUGCGC